AUGGUUGUUCUUAAAUACUUUGAUUCUGUUGAUACAUUAUGUAGAUUUAAUCUUGUAUCUCAUAAUUGUCAAACUGCUAUAAGUGCUACACGAAUUAAUCCAUGUUGUGGAAUUAAUUCAAUUGGAGUUGCCAUUACUUUAGGAAUAGGAAGGAUGCAACGAAUUGAAUCAAAAGUAUUUGAUCAAUUAGACACAUACCAAGUUCAUUUUCGAGAAUUAGAAAAAAUGAAUGAAGUAGAUUUAGAGAAGUAUAAGAUGUUUAAUAUUUAUAAAUUUAUGAUGAGAGAUAACCCUGAAGAUUGUAAGAUGGCAUUAAGUAUUAGAGACCGUAUAUCUACUAUUGGGAUUGAUACAAAUUAUUCAGUAGUAUUUAAAUUAGAAACAAUGCCUAUGCUUAGAGAACUUACUGUUCGUAUUGGGGAUAGUACCAAAUAUCCAGUUUUAGAAGAUGUUUUUGCUGCUAUUAAAAAUAACAAAUCUUUGCAAAAAUUAACAAUUAGUUUUAAAUCAAAUCUAACAGAAAGAAUAAUAAAUGAAGUUCUUCCACAACAAAAUCGUAUUCAUAUUUCAUUUAUCAUUAGUUGGUUAGAUGAUAAUGAUGUUGAUGCAGUUUCUAAGUUAAUAGAAAAAAGUCGUAAUCCUGUAGGAAUUAGUGAUAUUAAUCUGAAUGCUUUUCAUGGCUUCUUUAUGAAUAAAAACAAAGUUGUAUUAAUUCCUCUUGUCAAAAAAUAUUUUAGAGUAUCAAAAACAAUGAAAUUAGACCCUCGUUAUAAUGAAUUAAAGAACUUUUAUCUUCCAGUUAGAGAAGAAGAAAUUUAA